GGAAUUCAGCUCACGCGGUUGGCGACGCUGUGAAUUAGGAACACAUAAGAAAAGCUGUGGAGCUGCUGCUACAGGAAUUCUACCGUCAUGGAGCCGCGGAAGACGCUGUUCUUCUUCUGCUCGGUGUUUGCUCUAAGUGUCCACCUGAAGAGGGCUUCAGCAGGAGAAUGUCCUGCAGAUGGACGCACCUGGGUUCCCUUUGGAAACAAAUGCUACCACUUUGUCCAUGGAGAAGAAGACCAGAUCAAAAGCUACACGUUUGAAGCAGCACAUUCACACUGCAGAGGAUUCGGCCUUUUGACAAUCCAGAGUGCAGAGGAAAAUGAAUUUGUCAUGUCCUACAGUCCUGAGGUGUGGAAGGGGAAUGUCAACAUUUGGCUGGGAAUGAAGUAUGAUAUAGAUGACGAUACCAUGAAGUGGUCAAACAACCAGUCUGUUAGGUUUACUAACUGGGAGUACAGCCCUUCCCCUCCUGACCUCCCACUAGUGGACAUCUGUGUGGCUCUGCACAGCAGCUCCGGACGAUGGGAAAACGUGAGCUGCCAGGAUGACGUGGAGAACGGAGUGGUCUGUGAAACAUUUCUGAGCGAGGAGCAGCCCAGACCCAAACCCAGUGCUGUGGUCUCCGCUCUGGUUAUUCUCAGCGUGGUGGCUGUCGUGGGGGUCUCUGCUGUAAUAUGGUUUCUGCACCAGAAGCACAGUUUCGGCUCUACCAUGAUCACAGCGUUUGAGUACCACCCCCCAUUCAGAGUCUUGGACUCAGAUGAGUCCUGCCUGGUGGAAGCUGAGGAAACUCAAAGCUCGCCUUAAAAGAACACUCUCCCUUUGUCCAGAAUAGGGUCUGGCUGGUUACUUCUUACAAAGAUGUGUCAACUCUAAAUUUAGUUGGUCAAUUCAUUUGGAUCAAUAUUUUACUAACUUGGACUCAGAACAAUGUAUUGUCAUCAGAGGGAUACUACCACUAAGCUACUAACCUCAAUAGGUGGAAAUAACUGAUAUUACCGCUGUUGUUUUUAAUUGAUCUGCAUUAAUAUUUUUGGAAAUUGCUGCAUGUCCGCUGCAAUCAGGUGUUCAUAGAUGACUAAAUUUAUUAGGUUAUUUUGGAUCACAAUUUUUAUGAGCUUACUUUUGAUUUAUCCCACUUUUAGCAUUUCUACACGAAGAACAAAGUUUUGAACAUAUGAAUUAGUCUUUUUGUUUUGAUUUUUCGAAUGGGUAGAGGAUCUCUGUUUAUGGGGCUUUGCACAUUAGAUUUGUGUUUUCUUUUUGUUUGCUUUUUUUUUUUUUUUCCAUUUCUUCAACAACAACAAAACAAUGUCAGGGACACUUUUAGUGGCCAAAACAUGCAUAUGAAUAUUUAAAUUAAGUCUAAUGGCAGUUCUUUAAGGUGACCUUACUUUAUGACCUCCCUUACUGUUAUUGGUUCUGCUGUCCCGGAGCUUUGAUGCUACAUUUUGCACAUUUAAAUCCUUGUUUUAUAAAUGUAUAAAAUCUUGUCUAGAUUCUCAAAACCUACAGAUAUGCUGUUUUAAAGUUAUCAUUAGUCUACCUUUUUUUUUUUCAUCCAUCUUCCUAAAUUCUUUAUUUUGUAACAAGCUCUAAACAACCUGUAUAAUUAAUUUUUAUCACAACACGAACAAAUUGGACUGAGCUAUUGUUUGGUUAUUUUAUGCAUGCAGAUAAAGUGAAGUUUUUACAACCAAAAAUGUAGUUUUACCUAUCCUAAACCAGAAUCAAGAGCUGCUUCCCUGUACUUGGCGAACUGUAAAAGCAGAUUCAAUCUUUAAAUGAAUGACCAGAUAUGAGCUACCUGUUUAAUUGUCUGGUCCACAAUCUCCUUUUGGAUGAUAAAUGUGUGGUGCACCUUAUCCUUAAAUUUUUUUUUUUUUUUGUAUUUACAGUACAAGAAGAGCUGGUGGUGGAUAGAAGCCUUAUAGGACUAUGCUUUCAGUUUGACUAUGACUUGUAUUUUGUGGGCUUCACACAUUUUUUCCUUUGUUACUGUUUAGCAAGGGAACCUUUCAGACCUCAUACCGAUGGGAAUUCUUCACAUUUGCCUUUUGAGUUUUUGCCACUUGUGUGUUAACUGCUAUGAUCUGGCAGGCUUUCUUUGUGGUUGUUUUUAGAUGUGAAUCUGUCUCUUUUGGCAUAUGAAAUGCAAUCUGAUUUUAAUGAAAUUAUAGCUGUGAUAACCUGUGAAUGAAUAAAGACAAUCAUUUUAUGGCUGUAUGAUGCCUAUA